AUGAAGUGGUUCACUGUGUUGGUAGCGACGCUGGCGGCGAGCGCGGUGGGCGCGGCGGCGCAGCGGUCGCCCAACGCGCGCCUCGUGGAGCACAGCAUGGCGGGCGCGGCCCCGCCCGGCGCGCGCUACUCCGACAACAUCGUGCAGGACGCGCUGCUCGACGUGGUGAGCCAGACACCGUCGAAACAAUCAAUUCGAUCUUAUAAUGUUUCUCUUAGAUGUACU